AGCUGACAUUGCUUUGAUUGGACUGGCUGUGAUGGGCCAAAACCUUAUUUUGAACAUGAACGACCAUGGCUUUGUGGUUUGUGCUUUUAACAGGACGGUUUCCAAAGUGGAUGACUUUCUGGCCAAUGAGGCCAAGGGAACCAAAGUGAUUGGUGCUCACAGCCUGGAAGAGAUGGUCUCGAAGUUAAAGAAGCCUCGUCGCAUUAUCUUGCUGGUGAAGGCUGGAAAUGCAGUGGAUGACUUCAUCAAUAAAUUGGUGCCGUUGUUGGAGACUGGAGACAUCAUAAUUGAUGGUGGAAAUUCUGAGUAUAGAGAUACCACGAGACGUUGUAAGGAACUGCAGGAAAAGGGCAUCUUGUUUGUCGGGAGCGGUGUCAGUGGUGGAGAGGAGGGUGCCAGAUAUGGUCCUUCGCUCAUGCCAGGAGGAGCCAAAGAAGCCUGGCCCCACAUCAAGACCAUAUUUCAAAGCAUUGCUGCUAAAGUGGGAUCUGGGGAACCUUGUUGUGACUGGGUAGGGGAUGAGGGCGCCGGACACUUUGUGAAGAUGGUGCACAAUGGGAUUGAAUAUGGAGAUAUGCAGCUGAUCUGUGAGGCUUACCACCUGAUGAAAGAUGUGGUGGGCAUGGAGCACGAUGAGAUGUCAGAGGUAUUUCAGGAAUGGAAUAAGACAGAGUUGGACUCUUUCCUGAUUGAAAUCACAGCCAAUAUUCUCAAAUUCAAAGACAGCGAUGGUAAAUACCUCCUUCCAAAGAUCAAGGACAGCGCAGGACAAAAAGGCACAGGAAAGUGGACAGCCAUUUCUGCCCUGGAAUACGGAGUCCCUGUCACACUCAUAGGUGAAGCUGUGUUUGCACGGUGCCUGUCUUCCCUCAAGGAUGAGAGAGUACAGGCCAGUAAGCUGCUGGGUGGGCCUAAAAUUACUCAGUUCGGUGGGAACAAGAAGACCUUCCUGGAGGACAUACGCAAGGCCCUGUAUGCUUCCAAGAUUAUCUCAUACGCUCAAGGCUUCAUGCUGCUGAGACAAGCAGCCAAAGAAUUUGGCUGGACGCUGAAUUACGGUGGCAUUGCACUGAUGUGGAGGGGAGGCUGCAUCAUCAGAAGUGUGUUCCUAGGAAAAAUCAAAGAUGCUUUUGAUCGAAACCCUGAGCUCCAGAAUUUGCUGUUGGAUGAUUUCUUCAAGACAGCUGUUGAAAACUGUCAGGACUCCUGGCGACGUGUGAUCAGUACUGGAGUACAGAUUGGUAUCCCUAUGCCCUGCUUCACUACAGCACUUUCUUUUUAUGAUGGAUACAGGCAUGAAAUAUUACCAGCUAACCUGAUUCAGGCUCAGCGCGAUUACUUUGGUGCACAUACCUAUGAGUUACUAUCGAAGCCAGGUGUAUUUAUCCAUACUAACUGGACAGGCCAUGGAGGAAAUGUGUCCUCUUCUGCAUACAAUGUCUAAUGGGAGUAUUUCCUCUUGAAGCCCAGAUACUGUAGAUCUCAAUGUUCCUCCUAGAAUACCACUUUUUACUGUACUGUGCUAGAACUUGUGUUUGUACACUUUUGUAAUAACUUGUGGGUAUAUUUCAUAUAUAUAUCUCAAUAUAUAUAUAUCUCAUAAAAGAAAACUAAAUAAAUUUGCUUAUAAAUGCA